ACUCUGCUGCAUAAACUGAUGGCAAGAUUCAUGGGUUACAAUCAAAAUCCUCAAAUGUUGGCUCUAUGCAUAACAGUAGCAGUAAUGUUUCUUGGUGUGAGAUCAGAUCUGAAUCAGGACAUAAAGGGAUGUCAGGAUGCCAUGUCUGAUCUCUACUCUUGUCUUCCUUAUGUCAGUAACAAAGCUAAAGCUCCAGACUCAACAUGUUGCAGCAAACUCAAGGUAAACAUAGACAAAGGGCAGACCAAGAGAUGUCUUUGUACUCUUGUCAAAGACAGAGAUGAUCCUGGUUUAGGGUUCAAAGUUGAUGCCAAUCGUGCAAUGAGCCUCCCUUCGGCUUGCCACGUCCCUGCAAAUAUCUCAAAAUGCCCAGAGCUUCUACAUUUGCCUCUAAAUUCACCAGCCUCUCAGAUAUUUAAGCAAUUCACUGAAUCCUCUCAGAAUGCUGGACAUAAAGCUGUCUCCAAAAGUUCAUCAAGCAUCAAAGGACGAGCUAAGAAGCAAUUUGGUAUAGUGAUGGCUAUAGCUCUCUCAAUUCUCUGUAAUCUGAGCUACUAAAAAUACACAUGUAAAACCAUUAUACGAGUUAUAUAUUCUAGCUGAAGCAGAUGUAUCAUGGCAUGUUAAUAAAACAAAACUUAUCAAAAAGAAAAAACUCA